GUGUCUUCACUUCGUAAAUGGAGUCCUGGUGCGUUCAAGCUGACUGUGUUUGUGGGGUCACCUCCUUUCGAUCUUCUGCUCUGCACUGCCAUAAUGUCCCUUGCGCAAACUUACGCAGCGACAAAUCAGCCGUAGAGAGUGUUAUGUGUGUGCAUCAUGAUGCAAUUCAAUCGUUCUUCGUGACGAGCACUGGGAAAACCUACAGAACCGUUGUCUUAGUGUUGAGAUUUAGAGGGUUCGGAGUGUAGGUUUUGAGGGUAUGUCGAGAGUGACUACAACUCUUUGUUCCGGGCAAACAGUGUCUUGAUUAUCCCUCUUGUGUGUUCCUGCUCUGGGAUGCUGUGAGUUCGACCUCGCCGAUGGAGAGAAAGGAGACGAUGGUCUUCUGAUUAACAUCUAUGUAACAAGUACUCAAUUGGCUGAGCUACAUGUCCAGAAGCAAUGGCAGGCAAGGUGACCUUCGUGAACAGUCUCAACGAAUCACAGAGUUUUAAGGUGAACUUGUUUGGGACUGAUAAGAAUCGAGUUAGGGUAAGCAAUGUGCUGGCAGUUUUCAAGUCGCCUACAGUGAUCAUGGGAGAUGGGAGCAUUUUGGAAGCUGAUGACAGUGGAUUGAGCAUGGACUAUUUCUCACCUGGAUCGGUGAACUUUGUCACUGUCAUUCCUGCAGCUUAUCAAGAGAAAAUGCAGGAACCGUUGCAUCCAGUGAAUGAGCAACCACAGCCAAUUCAAAAUUGGGUCCCAACUGAUGGAGAGGUGGGAACAAUCGUGGAUUGGCAACACCUGCCUUUGAAGAAACCCAGAGUGAGCAGUCUACCGCCCGUAAUCGUUCCCGAUACUGGUGGAUUGGAGACAGUAUCUCGAUCUUUGGAGAUUGGUGCAGAGACGUUGCAACAACACAACAACGAAGACCAGCAUCCGGCAGAAGUGGGUGAAAUGGUUGCUUUACUUGAGGGACCUUCAGAACAGGGAUCUGGUUUAUCAAGAGAUGAUAGCCCUCUACAUGAGGAGAGCGAGGAUGACUCCGAGGGAAAUACUCCCUAUCUCGACCAAGAAAAGGCGUCAAGAGGACACAUAAAAUGUAUCAAAUGUGGUCACAGCAAGAACCCAGCAGCCAAACUUCUGUGCGCUAAUUGUGGAGCCCAAUUGAGGGAGCAGAUUAGAGCUCGAGUAGCACAACGAUGGGCCAUGCUAAGGGAGAAGGCAAGACGAGACGGCAGGCUGGGGGACAAGGCAUGGCAAAGGAGAAAGAAAGGCGCAUUUGACAAGCUCACAGAUCUCACUAUGCUAGACUUAGAAAACACUUACUUCGCGUUGUUCAUGGCUCGCCGCAAUCGUGAAGGAGAUAAGUUUUCCUUUGAUGGCUGGUACUCGGAAGGAGCAGGCCGUGAGUUCGUCACAACUGGAGAUAUCGAAGCAAUCUGGAAAAGUUUUGUGAAAAAACACCACAGAAAGGACUCCAUGCUCCAAAUCUGUCAUGGAGUUGGAGAUCAUGAACCUCAAGAAUCUUGAAGUCCAUUUUAGUCUUAUCUCAUCUCAGCUCAUCUUAGCUAGUCGUAGCUGGUCUUAGCUCACCUUAACUCAUAUUCAAUGGCAGGAACAAGUUUUUUACGGGGUUAAAUAAAUAAAUAAAUAAAUAAAAUGUUAUCAAGGUGGUUGAUAACAUAGUUGCUUUCACGGAAUUGUCAGGGCCACUUGGAGCAAUAUGUGCAGCAUAGUAGUUACUGAACGUCACUGAAGCCAAUUCCAGAUGAAGGGAUUCAAAGAGGGAAUGUUAAUGCACUCAGUCAAGGUUCUCAAGUGUUCUUCGCUGACCUGGGUUGAAGCCGAAGGAUUAUCACACACCCUUCAUUCCAUGAACCUUAGUUAUUCUACAAUAAGUUUUUAGUGCUUUUGAAGCCCAGAUGACCUUGACCUUUAUUUUCAUAUUUGUAAAGGUAUUUGUUUCAACCGCUUGCAGGUUGACUAGCA